CACAUUCAGCUAUUAGGUUGUGAAGAGGUAUGCAUUUGAGCUGCCUGCAGGUCCUCGGUGCCCAGGAAGAGGGGCAGAUGCGAAGACAACCCUCAGAAAACACUGGCCCCUGCUGGAGUCAGGGCCCUGCUGCGGGCACUAUGGAGAGGGGCCUGGCACUCCUCAGCCUGGCCUUCCUGUGGCUGCUGCGCCCUGCAUCUCCUCAGCAGCAAGUGGACGACGCCUGUUCCGUGCAGAUUCUCGUCCCCGGCCUCAAAGGGGACACAGGCGAGAAGGGAGACAAAGGUGCACCGGGACGGCCUGGACGAGUAGGCCCCACGGGAGAGAAAGGAGACAUGGGUGACAAAGGACAGAAAGGCAGUGUGGGUCGCCAUGGAAAAAUUGGUCCCAUUGGUUCUAAAGGUGAAAAAGGAGAUUCUGGUGAUGUAGGGCCCCCUGGCCCUAAUGGAGAACCAGGAGACACACAGCUGGCGAACAGGCCUGUGAAAAGAUGCCCCACAUCGCUCAUCAGGGAAACGUUCUGGCUCUGGGGGGCCGCAUGUCUUCGUCGCUCUGGCCCCUGCAUGGCCAUCGGCUGGAUGUUCCUGCCCUGCCCAGAUGUGACCAAGGCCCUCCCGUCGGACGGCCGCCUCUGGGGACCAGUCUGCACUGUGCGCCCUGCUUCCUCGGGGGCAGGUUUCUCCCCCGGGAGCAGCAUCACCCCGCAGGCACGUGCCGACAGCGCCAUCCGCUGUGCACUGCGCGUGUCGCAGCCCCAGCUCCCUGCGGCCAAGCUGCGCUUUCUGAAGGCCCGAGAGCUCUAA